AUGGAGGCAAGCUAUCCAAAGGGGUGCAUCCCAAGUGAGGCAUCUGCUGACGAGCCGGCAAAGAACUGGUCCAACAGCUCCGCAUCGCAGGUCUCAAGAUUUUUGCGCGCAGCUAGUUUUCAAGAGCUUCAUCAUGCAUUGGAGCCGGUGACAAGUGUGUCUGCCAGAGCAUCAGUUCGCACAGCGUUGGAUAGCGUUUGCAAGGACACUCAACUGCUGACAGAAGCAAACAGCAGUGUCCACUGGAUCGAAGCGUUACUUGCAUUUACCUUACCCCUGCUCGUGGAUGCCCUUCCGCGAGACCAACGUGGGACAAGCGUGGUCCCUCAUCCGCAUCCAUUGCGAAAGCAUGUCAUGGACGACUCUGCCCGAGCCGUGACCAUUACCGGCCAGAUGAUUUUUGAGACGAAUUGUGCCUGUGACAACUGUGAUGUGCACAUUACAGACAGGGAGUUCUGGAAGUGCCAGGAUGGCUGCGAUGUUGAUUUCUGCAACAAGUGCUACGAGCAGCUUGAAUCGCUUUUUGUUCGUUUCGACAUGGAGCAUGCGCGGUGGGCCGUGCAAUUUGUGUGGUUUAUUUCGCAUCAGAUCCUCCUAGCACCUCCAAGCGAUCGAGAACUGAUUGUGCGAGACCUUGCCUUCCAGUGGCCAAUUGAAAUGUUCCAGCAGCUGGUGAGGGCAGUCGUCGACGUUGCAGAUGCCAGUGUAGUACAUGUGGAGGACAUCAAGAACAUUGCGGGAGGCACUGGCUUCUGGCACACAGUGGGCUUCCUGCAGAUCUUGGACGCUGCAAACAGGUUGCCAAUAGCGGAACACCGCUUGGGACAGAUCUACUCAGAGGGGGCUAGGUUGCCCGAUCCCUCGACCUUCAUACUUCGAGGCAUCGAUAAGUGCAGUGCACUUGGGGACUGGCAUAGGUGGCACCAGGCUCAGGAGCAGGGCGAAGAAAGCAGCGAUGCAUUGCGUAUGCAUCCCUUCCAGAUCAAUACGCAGUUUACCUGCUUUCUCACCCAUGGCAUCUUGGUACCGGAAGUCUUCCGGCGCCAGUGCGCAAUAUUUGACGUCAGAAACGCGGCGAUGAGCUUCAGACCGAAGAAAGAGUUUCGCCGGCUGACGGUGACCCGCCAGCCAGCAUCGCAGCUCCUUCAAGGUGUGGUGGCUGCUUUGGGCACUCCCUUUCAAAUAGGGAUCAAGGUUUGCUUGCAAGGCUUAGGUGCCCAGCCGAUGCUCAACGGCAAGCUUGGCACCCUGGAUAAGUUUGACGAUGCAGCUGGAAGGUGGCAGGUAAAAACAGACGAAGGCAAGGUACUGAAGGUCCGCCCGCAGAACUUGAAGCGCGUUGAUGGUGAGAACCUAUUUGAGCACACCAGCCAGCUGUUUCAGGUGAUAUUUUCCGGUGAGCCCGCAUCAGGUCCGGGAGUCAACAAGGAACUCAUUUGCCUCGCAUUUCGCUGUGCCCUGGAGCAGUCAGAUCCGGUCAGGCCAUGGCUCUACAAUGAGGAAAACCGUACCCAUUGGUUCAAUGAUCAGGUGGAGGGUUGUGAAGAUACCUUUCGAGCCACUGGCGCUUUACUUGGACAUGCCAUCGCGAACGACUGCUUUUUGCCAUCGGUUUUCCCGGUGGCAUUGUACAACCUACUGCUGCGCGCGAUGUCCUCGCCUUACGUACGGCCUUGGUCGCUUGUGGAGCUUGCAGGGGUAGACUCGGCAAUUGCACGCAGCCUGGAGCACCUGGUGGAGUACGAAGGCGAGGACAUCAACGAACUUUUCGGCCUGGACUGGUCAGGGGCGCGGAAUCUGUGUGGCAUGUCGAAGGAUGAACGUAUGGAUUACGUGCGCGAGUAUGUGAGCUGGUUCUUCGAGAAGCGAUCUGCUGACCAGCAGCACUCAUUCUGUGAAGGUUUCUGCGAAGUGGCUGGCCGCUCGCAAAUGGUUCGUCGCCAUGUGACCAUAGAACAGCUGGAACGUCUCAUCUGCGGUGUGGAGCAGGCUGUGAGCGUGUCAGCCAUACGAGAAGGAGCUGUUUUGUUGGGCUGGGAAUCGGAUGAGGAACCCUACAUCGCAGCAUUCUGGGAGCCUCGAGCCAUCUUCAUGGACCUAAAGUCCUAA